AUGACCUCUGUGUUUCCCCGUUGUCUGGUCUCUUCUUCUUCUUCGGCGUCUUUCUCUGUUCCAAACCGUCCUCCUCUGAGGUACGCCGUGCUUGGUGCUGGUUUUGCUGGACUUUCUGUUGCCUGGUACCUGCUUAAGGACAGUCCAAAGGAUGUGAGAUUAAGUGUUGAUGUAUAUGAUGAAAUUGGGAUAGGAGGUGGUGCUUCUGGAGUUUCUGGAGGCCUCCUCCACCCUUAUUCUCCUAAAGGGAAGCUACUAUGGCAUGGUGCAGAGUGUUGGAGAGAAUGUUUAGAGCUCUUGAAUGUUGCAGAGACAGCAGCUUCUUCUUUUUCAACGUCCCCAUCUCCGGGUGACUGUAACGAGGGUUUUGGAGACUUUAUGGUUCGAAGAAGGGGAAUCUUGAGACCAGCAACAAAUGCAAAGACUUUGGGUUUAAUGAGUGAUAAUGCUCGAAACUGCCUUGCCAGUUGUGUAGUAGAGACUCUUGACAAAGAAGGUGCCCAAAAACUUGUCCCCAAUCUAUGCUUGCCUUUGAACUGCGCCUUCUAUUUCCCAGGAGCUGUGAAUGUUAAUCCUCAGCGCUAUCUCCAGGGACUCUUUCUAGCAUGCCAGAACUCAGCAAGAGCAUCACUUGGAAGGAAAAACAUAACUCUGGUGAAGAAAUCUAUCGAUGAUGUGCUCCAACUUGAAGGAGAAUAUGAUGCUGUUGUAAUAUGUCUUGGAUCGAAGAUAGACUUUCUUGCCAGUCUCACUGGAAAGCUUCCUUUAAGGACAUGCAGAGGCGUCAUUACUCAUUUGCAGUUACCCGAGACUACCUUGGGAAGUUACCCUGAAGGUGGACCAUCGAUCUUGUCAGAAGCAUGGCUCGCUGUUCAGGGACCUCGCAGUCUACACAUGGGAUCAACAUGGGAAUGGCUAUCAAGAAACCACUCACCGGAUGUCUCAGCAGAGGAAGCUUCAAGAGCUCUCGCCGAGCUUCUUCCGAAGGCGAGGGCAGUUUAUCCAGAGAUAGACAAGUGGGAGUUUGCAGGAGCGAGGGCCGGUUUGAGAGCAAUGCCGCCUGUGACAAGCCAUGGUUCACUGCCGCUCUUGGGGUGUGUGAAUCAGCUCAUUGGUGCUGCGGCAUCAGGAGGGUCUUGCAGAUUCUGGGUGUUUGGAGGGCUUGGAUCAAGGGGACUACUCUAUCACGGUUGGCUUGGGAAACUCAUGGCUAAUGCUGUUUUGUGUUGCAAUGAAGAGCUGAUUCCUUUGGAACUAACUUCUUGGAAGAAAAACAGUCAAUAA